UUACACAAGUUGGGGCCGCUUGUUAUCGUGUAAUUUCCACUCACACACGGCCAGCAGAGAUGACGGAAAGCUCAGCGAACAAGCUGCUAAACGGAGACGCCUGUCACCGCUCCUCUGGUGCUAAAAAAUCGACCAAAAAUGGCAUCGUGAAGAACCACUGCCUGUUUCAACAGCCACACAAGUACCGACGCCCCCGGGAGAAGAGGCGAAAUGUCCCACACAACGCCAGCCUGUACAAGAAGCCCUACGUGGAGUCGUUCGAGGAGACGCCUCUCAUGGUGGCCGUGCUCACCUACAUGGGCUACGGCAUUCUCACCAUCUUCGGCUACCUGCGGGACUUCCUUCGCCAAUGGAACAUCGAGAAGUGCAACGUGGCCCGGGAGAGGGAGGAGCAGAAGGAUUUCGUCCCCCUUUAUCAGGACUUCGAGAACUUUUACACCAGAAACUUGUACAUGAGGAUCCGAGACAACUGGAACCGGCCCAUCUGCAGCGUCCCCGGUGCCAAGAUGGACCUGGUGGAGAGAGUUUCCCACGACUACAACUGGACCUUCGAGCACACAGGCAAAGUUGUGCGGGACGUCAUCAAUAUGGGCUCAUACAACUACCUCGGCUUUGCGGAGAACACAGGAGCCUGUGCUGAUGCUGCUCUUGAAGCCACACAAAAGUAUGGAGUUGGAGUGGCCAGCACUCGCUGUGAGAUGGGCAACCUGGACAUCCACGAGGAGCUGGAGCAGUUGGUUGCCAGGUUCCUCGGUGUUGAGUCAUCGAUGGCUUUCGGCAUGGGCUUUGCAACAAAUUCCAUGAACAUUCCUGCUCUCACCGGGAAGGGUUGUCUUAUCCUGAGUGACGAGCUGAAUCACGCAUCGCUCGUGCUGGGUGCCCGCCUGUCCGGCUCGACGAUUCGGGUCUUCAAACACAACAACAUGCAAAGCCUGGAGAAGCUGCUGAGAGACGCUAUUGUACACGGGCAGCCGAGAACCCAUCGACCCUGGAAGAAAAUCCUCAUUGUGGUGGAGGGCAUUUACAGUAUGGAGGGCUCCAUUGUGCGUCUGCCAGAGGUUAUUGCUCUGAAGAAGCGCUAUAAGGCCUACCUGUACUUGGAUGAAGCUCACAGUAUCGGGGCCUUAGGGCCUAACGGCAAAGGCGUGGUCGAUUACUUUGGCCUGGAUCCAAAAGAUAUAGACAUCAUGAUGGGAACGUUCACCAAGAGCUUUGGUGCAGCCGGGGGAUACAUUGGAGGCAAAAAGGAGCUGAUCGACUACCUGCGGCGCCACUCUCACAGCGCCCUGUACGCCACCUCCAUGUCUUCACCUGUGGUCCAGCAAACAAUCACCUCUAUGAAGAUUAUCAUGGGAGAGGAUGGGACCACACUGGGUGCGGAUCGCCUCCAACAGCUGUCGGAGAACACCACCUACUUCCGCAGGAAACUCCGGGACAUGGGCUUCAUCAUCUACGGCAACGAUGACUCGCCAGUCGUACCCAUGAUGCUCUACAUGCCUGCCAAAAUUGGGGCGUUUGGUCGGGAAAUGUUGAAGAGAAACAUCGGCACGGUGGUCGUCGGCUUCCCGGCGACACCUAUCAUCGAGUCAAGAGCGCGUUUCUGCGUUUCGGCCGCCCAUACCAGAGAGAUGCUCGACACAGCAUUGGCGGCUAUCAGUGAAGUGGGCGACCUGCUGCAGCUGAAGUACUCUAGACGUGAACUGCCUCUUCCCUCGCUGGGGUGGAUGUCCGAAGAGAGCCUGCUUCAGGACUGAGCCACAUCAUCCCCUUCCUGUCAUAUCUAGUCCUCUCCCCAAACUCACUGUCCCUCCUCCCAGUUCCAUCCACCCCCCCCCCCCCCCCCCCCCCCCCCCUUUCUGGUGUCCUCUCAUUUCUCUCAUUUUAACUUUUUGAGCCAGACCCUCCACCCCACCUCCCCAUAUCUCAACUCAUAUCAAACCCCAGUGGACUCAACAGAACCAAAGUCUUAAGAGGUCUGACCCAUUUUGAGAUCUUUCCAGCGGAUUCACCCAUAGCAGGGGAGGACCAAAAUCACCCUCAGCUGUGUCCGUUGUUACAAAAGUGUGUUCAGAGAAUUUCAGGUCUUAACUUAUUUUGACUGCAUCGGUCUAAUGUCAAGUCUUAUUCCUGUGUGCACAUUGAAUGUGUAUCUUAUUUGUGCAAUAAUAACAACAAUAUGGAGUUUCUCUGUAAUUCAAACAACCUAGAGCAAAUUGGACUGAUUUUUUUUUUUCCAUGAGUUAUUACUCGUGCACUUGAGGUGGGGAGGGAUGCAAACUAUUAAAAAAAAAUUGAUCAAAGCAGUUGCUACGAUGUACACAAAAGAGGAAAAAAUUAUAUAUGUAAAUAUUAUUUAUCACAAACUCGGUAAUACUGCCUUAGGGUAGCAUCCCAAACCUCAAAAAAAGAUACAAUAUUUCACAGGAGUAACAUAAGCAUGUGUUGUCCAUAUGUAUUUAUCUGACGGCUUUUUUCCUAAUCACUUUUACUUGAAUAGAGCGUAUUGAAUAUUGGGUUCUUUCCCUAACCAAAGGAUAUACUGUAUAUGUAUAGAUAUAUUUUCUACCUUUCUCUUAAAAUGCAAAGCAGAUGUUCCAAAAGAAAACGUUUAACAGGGAAAGAAUCCCAGGGAGCAAGACUAAGGAAUAUUUUUUACAACUUAUUUUCUAUAAAUAUUUUUCAGCCUUAUUUACUGUUUACACCUGCACUCAAAAACUUGAGCCCAAUGUCUUUAACAUUUCUAUAAGCUAAUGAGCUACAUGUGUGAUUUUUUUCAUUUUUUAUUUUUUUUCAUUCUCACUCAAGUGCUUUCUUGUGCAUCAGCGUUGACACGAUCUCUGAGCACGGUGACACACUGUAAAUUAGAUCUGUAUGUAUGACGAUGCUGCUUUCAUGCUUAUCUGAUGUACAGACAGCUUUUAUUUAUUUAAAAAUGUAUCUCAACUUUCAGCUAUCUACUUUUGUGAGAAUUCUAACUGUUAUCUGAAAGGCAGCUCCAGAUGUGUCCCGAUGGAAGGUGUGCAUUUUAAUUGACUACUUGCGUCUUACUUCAGUGCGGCACUACUGACAGGCAUUGUAAAUGCACAGAUGACGUAGUAACUGAAACUUGCAAGGUGUGUAUUUGGGUAUGCUUCAAGUGUCAGUGUUUUCUGUCCCGUGACUGUAUCAUCUGUGAUGGCAUUCCAAAUCAACUUGCUUUCAUUUUGUCAAAUGUUUGUUUUGUUUUACCGUUUUUUUUGUUGUUGUUUUUUUGUCUGUCUUUUCUGUGUGAAAUCACCCUGAAACAUAGCAAACUGUAUAUGUUGCCGUUAAAUAUCCUGUUUGUGUGUGUUUUUAUCUUCUAUCACUUUAUUGAUGUGAAUUGGAGGCUGCAGCAAUGCAGCCAGUCAGAAUGCUAGCUGUUGUCUGGCAAUGUGACCAUUCCUAAAAAUGUUCAUCAAAGUGAUUAAACUCAACACAGGUUUAGAGAUGAUUUUGUUGAUGUUUUUGCACACCAUAACAACUUUUUAGGAUCUUUUUUUAAAACUGUACAUCCAUUAGAAAUUAAUCAUUGUUGUCUUUGAGUGAGUCAUUCCAAUUUUGUUGUUUUUCACGGAAAAUGUCUUGAAUAACAACUCAGUGAUGCAUUUGCUUCAAUAAAUAUUAUAUACAAAGGUGAAA